GAUAAUGGCUGGGAUCAAAUGUGUCGUGUUUUUGGUGGUCCUGAUUUUCCAGUGGACUCAUGCAAGAGGAGAUACUGAAGUGUCCUGUGUUUAUAUGGAGAACUGCACAUUGGCAUGCAGCUAUGAGGGUGCUGAUGUAGUCAUCCACUGGCAUCAGGUGUCAGCAGGAAAUCUUCCCGUUCACUCAUUCUUCCACAACCAAGACCAGCCAGAAAACUCGGCCCAGCGCUUCAGAGGCAGAGCAUCAACCUUCAAGGACCAGAUCUCCAGAGGAAACGCCUCAGUCCUGCUGACAGGAGUGAAGGUUCAGGAUGAGGGCAGAUAUAGAUGCUACACCAGCACCAUCAAUGGAAACAAGGAGUCAUUUAUCAAGCUAAAGAUAGAUGCUCCAGUCCAUAAAGUCGACGUUCACCAGGUAGAAAACGGGAUCACCUGCAGGUCAGAGGGGAUCUAUCCAAAGCCUGAACUCACCUGGUCCACCAGCCCUCCAUCCAGUCUGACUUUCAAGAACACCACCACAGUCCAGCAGACUGAACAGCAGCUUUACAACAUCAGCAGCUCUCUGAUCCUUUCAGGCAGUGAUCAUGAUCUGAAUUUCAUCUGCACCGUCAGCACUCGCAGAAACAGGAAGAGUGAGAUCGUCCUGAAUGGGACUGUCACCAACUACACAGUCUCAGAGAAAUGGAAGCAGCAUGUGAAGAAGCUUUCAGAGUCAGGCAGCCUCACACUGCAGGACAUUUCUGCAGAUCAGGAGGGAACAUACACAUGUGAAGUCAGUGAUGCUGAAGAAACGACAAUAAGUCUCAGAUCUGUGAUGAUUCAUAAAGCUCCGCACCGCUCAGGUGGCAAGAAAAUGCGCGUGCCGAGCACGUUCCUGGUUCGUAACCAGCGCGCUCUGCCAUCAAGGGCGAUCAUUGGUUAG